GUUUGGACCUCCGUUCCUGAUGAGAGAGGACCGCUCCAUCUCCUGGGACCAGCUGCAGCAGAGCAUCCUCAGCAAGCUCUACUACCUAAUGAUCAAUGGAGCACAGGCCCAGGUACAACACUGGAAGACCAUAACCUCUAACCCUGGGCUAGUGGGUUUUCUGCCUGUUAUAUCUCUCUAUACCUUGUCUUCUAGUACAGUAUGGGCUACCUCUUGAGUAUAAAAAAAACCUAACCAAAACGACAUUACGGUAUUUGCGUAUACAGUCAGGUUCUAAAUUAUUGACACCCUUGAUAAAGAUAAUAUCCUUUGUCUGCGCUUAUGGACUGCCCUCUUAAAUUCAAACCACAGGCUUUCAAUGGGUUUCAAGUCCGGAGACUGAGAUGGCCAUUGCAAAAUGUUGAUUUUGUCUUGCUGGAAGAUUCAAACCAAGUGGCUUUUUUGUGCUGUCUCCGCCUUUGUUGGAACAACCGCAGAACAUCGGACAAACAUGUCAUGAUACAAAUGCAAACAAAACAGUCUGCUUAGAUGCGUCCAGCUUUGUAACCUCUGAUUGCGGUUCAGCACAGCUUAGCAUGAUGUUAAUCAUGUCGCCAAACAGCUUUCCAGUUAGUCUGACUCUGUCAGGCGGCUGCAUGGCCACCAGUCUGCAUGUCUGUCUGUCUGUCUGUCUGCUAAAGGCUCCAGUGUCCCGCCGUUUUAGGGAGAAAACAAACAGAUGACAGGUUAGCAUUCCGUGAAGAGAGAAGGAGAGACAGAGAUGCCGUGAAGGAAGAGUAAAAGAGUGUGAAACUUUAAUUAAAGCCUAGCUUAUAAAAUCAGUGUAAGGAGCCUACCUCAGCCAAGAGAGAGACACUCCAAAUGGAUGUUUUGCCAAAAACAAUUAUCUAGAGCUUGAAAGGACAGAUACGCGACAACCUGCUGUUUAUGGCAGCAAUCACUUACUUUCAAAGUUAAUUUUCUACCCUUAUCUAAUUUUAGACCACAGAAAUGGAGUCCAAUAGCAGCAGAGUGGCAGUAAGCCAGUCAGUCUGCCUCAUUUGAUCCUGAUGUUGCCUCUCCAUUGCCUGACAUCUCAGUCAGCAUGGAGCUGCUCACUAGAGCAGACAAGGUGACAUGCUACGUAUGCUACGCUAACCAUACAGAUGACAUGGUGCUGGUGACUGUGUAUAAUUAGAGAAUAACAACACCCCUCCUUGACCAGGCUAUGGCUUAGAAUCCGAGCUGUAAUUCAUCACACUACGUGAUGCCCUCACUGAUGAGAUUUAAUUGAAGAUGUAAUACGGGAGAUGAGGAGAUUUGUAAAGGUGGAAUGGAGAAUGGAUAUUUUGAUAUUUGUCACACUAACACAGAGACAGACCAUGUUACACAGACAGAUGAUGUUAUGGUAAUAUGUGAGGGCUUUAGCAGCAAUCCUUCAGUGAAAGUCAAUUGCUUAGAUUUUAAUGGGAAAGCAUUAGUACAUUAUUCUCACGUGUAUAAAUAGUGUUGCUUUCUACCAAAACAUAAUGUUCUCUUAACACAAGCAGUAAUUAACCCAGGUAGAUUUGAAAUUGAAAGAAACUGAAAGCAGUGAUUUUCUCUUGGAAUGCGUGUGCUACUAUAACAAAGUGAAAUAACAACUUUUGUUUCUAAUUCAGUAUUGUUUGGUCUUCUCUUGCCUCAUGCAGUGUUCUGUCUGAGACAGGUAGAAGCUCAGUAGGUGUAGUGUUGCGUGAUGUUGAGUUUUAGCCGUGUUGGUCUUCCUAUCUACCCAGCAAUCAUUCUGACAGGGGGUGACAUUACUCAGAGCCAGACCAAACCUAGGUGCUAAUAUGUUAAUUUUUCCUCUCACUUACUCUUACCUUCUCACACACCCAUGCACACACCUGUCACACAGGCACAUACACACACACCUGUCACACAGGCACAUACACACACACCUGUCACACACGCACAUACACACAUUGCUCGUCCAUAUAUUGCUCGUCCAUACAGUAUAUGGACAUUGCUCAUCCAUAUAUUUAUUUAUAUAUUCUUAAUUCCAUUGCUUUACUUAGAUAUGUGUAUAUUGGGUAUAUGUUGUGAAAUUCUUAGAUAAUACUUGUUAGAUAUUACUGCACUGUCAGAGCUAGAAACACAAGCAUUUCGCUACACCCGUAAUAACAUCUGCUAAACACGUGUAUGUGACCAAUAAGAUUUGAUUUGAUUUGACCUGUUACACACACAGCUGAGCUGAGCCUCUUUCUACUUCAUACACACCCCAGUGCUUUUCACACAUUCUUAGACAGCAGCCGUGGGUGAGAUGCGCACACACACGGGUAUAUACUGUAUCUGUGUGUGUGCGCAUGGGUGGUCUUUGCAUGUACACACAAGUCUAUCAUGCAAAGCCGAAAGUGGCUAAGUACUAGAUGAGAGGAAAACUAAUUUCAGGUCUUCUAUUGUCAUCUUUCGUUUCAAGCUUUUGACAGGUAAUUGACUUUGAAGACUUUGGGAAGGUUGAGGUAUUCUAAGUGAAGGCGUUCACAAAAGACUGCUUAGAGACAGCAUGGAAAGCUACCAGGAGGUGACGCGAUAAACACUAGGACCUUAAAUAUGUAGCUGCUUUACACAUGCAUUUAUAGAGGACAGUAUGACCCAGUGGGAAAUCCAUUCUUCUUCCAUUUUAAACCAUUCUGGCAUUUCAGUUGGUGCAGUCAUAAGGGCACUUAAUGUGUUCUGUGAUCGCUAUCUCAGGUUGAAGACAAAAAUAGAAAAACCCUCUUCAGGACCGUCUAGGGUAUUUAGACAAACUGCAGGCCUCACGGAUUCCUUUGAGGUCUGGUUAUUCCCCCUAGGUCCAAGAAUUUAGAUCUAGUAUCUUUAUUCUAGGUUAUCCCAUGACAGGUCGGUGUAGAGCUGUAUCCCCACACUGCAUCCAAAUGUACAGUCCCAUAGCAGCUUUCUACAUAUAAUUCCUCAGUAGUAUUGUCAUUCUGUAUACCUUUGCAAAGAUUUCUCUUUUUUCAUCAUUUGAAUUCAUAAUAUAAUGUCAAUCCAAAUGCAUCAAGAGGAGUAGUGGCUCCCCCUAUUGGAAAUCAAUUUAAGGACAUCAAUUUUCCCUUUCCCUUUCCCUCAAGUUUCAAGUUUUAUUAAUCAUAUGUACAGGAUACACAUGAUAUACACUGUCCAACGAAACACCUACUUGCGGGUUCCUUCUCGACAGUGCAACUAAAAUAAGAAAUGAUAAAAUAUAAGAAUAUGAACAUAAAGUAAAUGGCUCAGUAGAAUAUAAUAAACAUUUUAGCAUAAGGAUAAUACAGGAAGGUACAAUUUAUAGUCCAAUAUUUACACAUAUAUCAGAGAAGGGGGGGGGUUAGGGGGGAAGUGUUUAAAUUGUGCAGUAUUAGCAAUAGUAAAUGAGAGUCUGGUAGCAGCAAUUGGGAUAUGUGUGUAUCAUUAAUGUACAGUGCCUUCGGAAAGUAUUCAGACCCCUUGACGUUUUUCAAAUUUUGUUACAUUACAGCCUUAUUCUAAAAUGGAUUAAAUAAAAAUAAAUUCUUAGCAAUUUACACACAAUACCCCAUAAUGACAAAGCAAAAACAGGUUUUUAGAAAUCAGGGAGGUGACCAAGAACCCGAUGGUCACUCUGACAGAGCUCUAGAGUUCCUCUGUGGAGAUGGGAGAAUCUUCCAGAAGGACAACCAUCUCUGCAGCAGUCCACCAAUCAGGCCUUUAUGGUAGAGUGGCCAGACGGAAGCCACUCCUCAGUAAAAAACACAUGACAGCUCGCUUGGAGUUUGCCAAAAGGCACCUAAAGACUCUCAGACCAUGAUAAACAAGAUUCUCUGGUCUGAUGAAACCAAGAUUGAACUCUUUGGCCUGAAUGCCAAGCGUCACUUCUGGAGGAAACCUGGCACCAUCCCUUCAGUGAAGUAUGGUGGUGGCAGCAUCAUGCUGUGGGGGUGUUUUUCAGCGGCAGGGAUUGGGAGACUAAUCAGGAUCGAGGGAAAGAUGAACGGAGCAAAGUACAGAGAGAUCCUUGAUGAAAACCUGCUCCAGAGCGCUCAGGACCUCAGACUGGGGCGAAGGUUCACCUUCCAACAGGACAAUGACCCUAAGCACACAGCCAAGGCAAUGCAGGAGUGGCUUCGGGACAAGUCUCUGAAUGUCCUUGAAAAUGGAGAGACCUGAAAAUAGCUGUGCAGCAACACUCCCCAUCCAACCUGACAGAGCUUGAGAGGAUCUGCAGAGAAGAAUGGGAGAAACUCCCCAAAUACAGGUGUGCCAAGCUUGUAGCGUCAUACCCAAGAAGACUCAAUGCUGUGAUCGCUGCCAAAGGUGCUUCAACAAAGUACUGAGUAAAGGGUCUGAAUACUUAUGUAAAUGUGAUAUUUAAAAAAAAAAUAUAUAUAUAUAUAUAUAAAUUAGCAACAAUUUCUAAAAACCUGUUUUUGCUUUGUCAUUAUGGGAUAUUGUGUGUAGAUUGAUGAGGAGAAAAAACAACAUUUUAAUACAGUUUAGAAUAAGGCUGUAACCUAACAAAAUGUGGAAAAGGUCAAGGGGUCUGAAUACUUUCCGAAGGCACUGUGUGUGUGUGUGUGUGUGUGUGCGCGCAUGCGUGAGUGAGUGCAUGUGUGCUAAGGUGCGGAGAAUCAGAGCAGGUGGUCAGUCCAGUUCAAGUGUUCAGCAGUCUGAAGGCUUGUGGAUAGAAACUGUCUCUGAGCCUGUUGGUAUCAGACCUCAUGCUUCGAUACCGUCUGCCCGAUGGUAAGGGAGUGAACAGCUCAUGGCUGGGGUGUGUUGGGUCCUUGAUGAUGCUGCUGGACUUCCUCAGGCACAGUUUCAAGUAGAUGUCCUGGAUGGGUGGGAACACAGCCCUUCAGACCACCAGAAACAGUACAAUAUCUGAAAAUGUGGGACAGUAAAACAGGUGGCAUUAGUUUGUAAAUCUUCUGACCACCCCUGAAAGUUAAAAUAACCAUGUUCCACAUCAUCAUGAUGAUGCGUUUUGCAUCCUCAUGAUGAUGUGGCAAGUGACACUUUGCUUCUUUAAAACUUGACUGAUGGCAUGCAAAAGAUUUUGGGACUGUAUUAACAGUGGACUAAUGAAAAAAAUACCAAAAUAUAGUUUUUGAGUGGAUUUUUCCUUUUAAGCGUUAAACAAACCCUGAAAGGGCUGUUUGGACAGAUGGGAGCUGCCCCCAUCAGGAUGACUGUAGUAACAGCAACCAUCCCAUUAUUAUCCUGCAAUAAUAAUGGAAGGGUUUAGUCCAGGGGUGUCAAACUCAUUUUAGCUCAGGGGCCACAUGGAGGAAAAUCUAUUCCCAAGUGGGCCGGACCGGUAAAAUCAUGGUAUAUAUAACUUAAAAACAACAACUUCAGAUUGUUUUCUUUGUUUUAAUACUAUCAACAUAAAACAUAAAGCUGGAGCCUGAGGACAGUGUGUCCAAAAUAGUACAAGCACAACAUCACUAUUAAUCAUAAAACACCUGAAGUUUAUUUGAAAAUUCUAAAGAAAAAGAACACACAAACAUACAAUGCCUCAGUGAUUCACAUAACUGUUUCACAGAUCACAGAACUAUAUCAGGGUGUCAUUUCUCAGGCAGAAAUGUAGAUACUAAUAAUGAAAUCCUGUUCCCCAAACAAGUGCAAGAACCACAGAGUCAAGAAUAGGUUAAAUAUACAAAUACAAUAAAAUCAAUUAAAAACAAUAGCACAUCAACAUAAAAACAUAUAAACAUAAAGCUGGAGCCUGAGGACAGUGUGUCCAAAAGCACAACAUCACUAUUAAUCAUAAAACACCUCAAGUUAUUUGAAAUUCUGAGGACAAACAACACACAAACACACAAUGCCUCAGUGAUUCACAGAAGUAUAUCACAGAUCACAGAACUAUAUCAGGGUGUCUCAUGCAGCACUUUAAGUGGGGUUGCAUAGUUUAUUUGACUCCUGAUACCUGGCAUCUUUAAGCUUUCACCAGCGCAUCAAUAUCAGGCGUCACAUCCUGAGUGGCAGCCAACUUCAGGAUGUGAUUCAAGUGCUUGUGCGUGAGCCUUGAGCGCAGCUUUGUUUUAUUCAUGACAUUAUCCAUCUUUAAUGACUUGCAACACAAAGCCUCCUGGUGCAAAAUACAGUGAAAAGUCCAAAAAUCACGUCCUCCAUUUGCAGAUUGCACUUUCUCUCUGAACUUUGCGCACCAUCUGUAGCCAGGCUGACAGCGCGGGACCAGUCCACUCCGACCCUGUCCAGCGCGCCGACGAGUGCAGUGAAAAUUUCAGCUGCUGUCGUUGUAUCUGUCAUCGGCACCAACUCCACGAACUCCUCGGUGACGGUCAAUGUGUCAUCAACUCCGCGGAUGAAAAUGGCCAGUUGUGCAACAUCUGUAAUGUCCGUGCUUUCAUCAAUUGCAACCGAAAACGCAAUAAAUGACUUUACUUUUUGCUUCAACUGGCUGUCCAAAUCCACUGAAAGAUCGGAAAUCCUGUCUGCAACUGUGUUUCUUGUCAGGCUGAUAUUUGCAAAAGCCUGGUGCUUUUCAGGGCACACAAUCUCUGCUGCCUUCAUCAUGCAUGUUUUUACAAAUUCACCCUCACUAAAUGGUUUUGAAGCCACUGCGAUUUCAUUAGCAAUGAGGUAGCUAGCUUUCACUGCAGCGCCACUGAUGUCUCGGCUGUGAGUAAACAGACUGCUGUUUCUUCAGACCCACCAACAGUUCAUUCACCUUCUCUCUUCUCCGCUGUCCUUGAAAGUUGUCAUAUUUGUCGGCAUGAAGACUCACAUAGUGGCGACGAAGGUUAUAUUCUUUCAGCACUGCAACAUGCUGUGAACACACCAAACAUACAGCUUUCCCAUUCAAUUCCGUGAAUAAAUAGAAAGAUGACAAUUUUUCUUGGAACACUCUGCACUCUGCGUCCACUUUUCUCUUUUUUGACAGAGACAUAUUGGGGCAAUGAGGGUGCCAAAGCACAUAAUGUUAAAAGUAGAAGCUGUAAUAAAUAUCACGGGCAAAACAAAGUAGCUCAUCCGGACUGGCUGCACUUGCUUGACCUAUUUGCUCUGCCCCUGUAUAAACAGUUUGCUUGCUUAACACAAUUGCUAUUGCUCCAUCCAGUGGACACAAUUGGAACAGCCGUUUCUUUUAUUGAAAAAUUGCAGCUCAUUUUUAUACUUUACAAAAUCAUCUCGCGGGCCGGAUUAAACCCGUUUGCGGGCCUGAUGCGGGCCGGACGUUUGACACCCCUGGUUUAGUCGAUCUUAUAUGAUCUAUGGCUAAUGAAUUUCAAUGCCAUGCUAUUAUGUUAUUGACUGAUUCAUUGACUUUAGUUUGUUUCUGACAUGGAAAGUCAACAUUUUCAUACUCGUAGCAACAAUCAUCAUAGAAAUAGUCAAUACCUUGUACAUCUUUGCAAUAUUUACAGUAUUUUCAGGAUUGUAGUGUUUCAAUACUUUGCAGGACGAGUCAGUUCAGUGUUCUCCUACUUACAUAAUGCCUUCACCACCUAUUUUUGGUUCUCUCCUCUUCACAAGAAUCAGUGUUGUUGUUUAUCCUGGAAUCCGGCCAGCAACUCACAGGAAUUCAUUUGAAGGAGAGGAAAUCAAUUUCAUUUUCUGCAAAGCACUCCAGAACAUCCAAUCCCAGCAGGUCUCUGAGUAAUAUAAACACAUUUCAAAGGAGAAUACAUUUUUUCUUCUCUUUUCAUCUCCAUUUUUCAGAUGCAAUCAAAACAAGCAUAAGGAGGGUGAUUAUCUUUGGGUUUAUUGGGUGUUUCACAUCGAAAUUAACCUGUGAAACUUUGGAACCAUAUUUUCUGUUAGUUUGUUUUAUUAAUUUUGUUCCUGGUAGGACCUCCACAAACUAGAACUGUUCUCUGUAAACAACAGUCUCUCCCGCAUGUUCCGCAGAGAUGAGGUGAAAACUAAGACAAAUCUUAAUGAUUAAUUUGGAAAGACCCACCCUUUCCUAGCGUCCUCCAAGUUUGGUGCAGAGCCCCAAGCCUGUCAGAAAGAUUCAGAGGCUUUGGCCAGGGAAAAUGUGGUUUGGAACUAUUAACUCCAAUUCAUUUAUUUGAACGUUUGGCUGCUCAUCUUCUCUCUGGUGGCAGUAUUUCAAAUGGACCCAUUAGAAGUUGUUUAUUUUCUGUAUUUUUCUGUCUAAGCCAUAAAACGUUUUAGUAAUCUAUUGUUGUGUUUUCUCAGGCCAAUUAUGACCAUAAUAAACAGUGCCAAGUCGAAGGGUGUUAUUGCUGGGGGAUGUUGCCUUUACAAAUCAUUAUUCAACCGCCACAUCAGAUGAUAGGGCACUUUUUACUGACUACAAACCUUGACCUGUCCUGUGCAGACAGUAUUUUAGAGGGUAUUGCAUUCAUCAAAUUAUAAUUCAAAGAACUGUGCUAUCCAUCACCAUAUGCAAGUUCACCAAGACCAGUGGGAUCUGGAUCCCUGAUUAUACUGUACACUCAUAGUUGUACAGUACUCUAGUCCCUGCUCCUAACUCCAGUGGCAAUGCCAAUAUUGAUUCAUUCAAUAAUCAUCAUUUUUAACCUGUGGUCGUCUUGCAGAAUGCCAGAGUGCUGUUUAAGAUCCGUGUGGUGGGAGGAUCAGCGUCCUACAGCUACCUAUCCCCCCAGGAUGGACGGCCGCUCUACCACCCAGCAGUGGACAGGUGAGACUGACAGCUGGUCAGACAGUUAGGUAGUGAGAUGAGAAGGUAAGGCCGCGAACAGGGGGGUUCAUCAAGCUAAAGUGAAGAAGUAGAGGUGUUCAAGCAAGUCUUCCAAGCAUUUCAAGAGUAAUGUGUCAAAGCCACAGUUUCUUCCCUCUAUAUUUUGUAUUGGUAGCUCUUUACUGAGAGGCAGCCUGUGUAGUUGAUUAUGUAAUGCCCAUUUCUUACAGCGGUGAAAUAUGCAGCCUUUUUGUAAGGUUCCUUUUCAGGAGAGGGUGUCUAAUGGUUUACGUUCUGUGGAAGGUAAUUGCCAUUUUAAAGGGCACUUUAGCAAGGCAGAAUUCCUCCAGUUGCUUAGAAAUGUCCAUUCAUCCAUUUGAAUGGUUGCUGGGGGGCAUGGUGCUUUUCAAGUGCACAGUAUUCAGAACACUUCUAUUUGAUGAUGAUGCUACAAGACUCAUUAAUGUAUUGAUAUUUCAGUAAAACUACUAAAUUGCUGUAAGAGUGCCCCUCAAAGGUUUAUGUGAUUUCUUUCGACCUUCAACAACACCAUCAGUAAAAACAUUAGCAGUUCAAUCAAUACCUAUCCCUUACUUUGGAAAAUAAAAUGAUUGGAAGGAGAAUUCUUCUUCCAGCAUAUAGGUUGUCUGCUAUCCCACUGCGCUCCUUUGACCAGUAUAGAUGCAUUUAUCCUGUUGCUAUUUUGUGGGUGCCCAUAGCCAGCCUUCAGCAUGGGCAGGGGUGUGUAGAGUCAUAAUAGUAGCUGUGAUGGUGGUAAAUGAAAGCAGCUAUAGCCUGUGGAGAGAUACAUGUACUGUCUCUACAGAUCUGUAAUCUCCUGGGCUCAUACUGAGAGGCACCCCAUAGCCAUGAAGAUCACUGUGUAAUGAAAUUCUGUUAGAAGUGUUCGCUUGAAGAGUUCAGCUGGCUUUGCUUGACUCUCAGCCCAGAAUAUAAUGUAGUUUACCUGCGGGACCCCCGAGCACAAUAUGUAUACAAACAGGCACAGACAUUGUGAUAGUGAAUUUACUAUUCUACUCUCUGCCAAUAAAACUGUAGACAAUCUUGCCAACUGAUCUGAGAGAUAUUUCUGCAUUCAAAUACUGUAUAAUUGAGUCCUUUUGAGGCUGGAUGGAUCUCUCAAGGCCAUUAUAAAAACACAACUGUCACAGAAGAUUUGAGUCAAGAAAACACGCUUCAUUGUAGUAGAAACUGAGAAAUAAAUUGUUUCUCUGUAUUGUCCCCAUUCCACCUCUUCUACUGCUCAUGAAUAACUAGCAGAUUUAAGGAAAAUCCCCAAUUAAUCCCUCACAAAUUGUCUAAAAUCCCACCUACCAUUUAAUUUAAGACCUAUUUAUAACUGAUCCAAUUAGUGGAGCUGGGUUUCUGGUGUGGCUCUAUCACACCAAGAAUAGCCUCAUUCAUUGCUUUAGCUGUUAGGGUUUGGUAAGGCACAUAACACUUUUAAAUUAAAUCAAUCUGAUUCAUAACAUGCUUUAUAUCCCCAACAUGAUGAUAUAAAAUGCUGUCAGGGUUUCAAGGGGCCUACAGUAACGUUAACACGGGCUCUGAAUGAAAAGCUAAUGUUCAACUACUUUCUUGACCUGACGAAGAUCCAACUCGGAUCAAAACGUUGUCUAUAUUGUGCGUCUGAUUAAAUCACCAUGGGAACGUACCAGAGUUGUGGACAUUCCUUUUUUCUUCAUCUACUUUCUUACCAUCCAUUGUGCACAUAUAUUUUAAACAUAUGCUGUUGUGUGAAUAGUUUGUGGAUAUUCUGUUUCUUCAGCCUCUGAAAAUGCACUUCUGAAAGCACUAUCUAGAAAUCCAUGAUCUGCAACUUUUUUUGAAUCCCAGCAUGUGGUGGAUCUUUAAUUGUAAGGUCAUGCUGACACCUAGUGGCUGUACAGAGUCUAUAAAUACAUGCUGCUGCACAAAGGCCCUCUAUGAAAAGGUCUCUAUGCCGCAUUUCCAAUGAGGAUUUACCCAGUGUUUUACCCAAAAGGCUCAGACUUUUAUUUUUCCAUCUAUGUGGGCCGGCACCCGUGUCUCACUAGGCCAUGGCUAGGUUGUUUUUGCAGAGGUUGUUUUUGUAUGAUCUUCUACGUAGAAAAUAACAAUCAUUGAUGAUGUUCUUUUUCCCUGAUUUAGUGCCUGGUCUUGUCCACUCUGUUCUAAUGAGGCUUGUGGGCAUUGUAGAGGGAAACAGACACAUACGUGUUCCUGAGAGUCUUAUCUUUCAGUGAUGGGGUCAUAAUAUUUUGUAGCUUAAACUGUUCAAAAGAUAGAGCCACAUUUCUCUCACGACCCCAUUUUCAAAUCUGGUGACCCCACAUGGGGUUGUGACCCCUAGUUUGGGAAACGCUGGCUAACAUUACCAUAAAACACUGGUGGCCCACUGGUGAGGAGGGUAAGACUCAAUGGAAAAGCACCAUAACAAAAUGUACAUACCACCUGAAUAAUAGGUGGACAGUGUGCGAAAGGGAUUAGUUUCACCUUGCUAAUCUGAUGACCUUUGACCCUUUUGUUCCCAGAGCUCUUAAUCUCUGUGGCUCAGGAGGACCGCCCCAUGUGAAGCUCAUCAUCGAGUGGGAACACAGAAUCAAAGACUGGUCAGUCAAUCUCAGUGACACUCUAUAACUUUAUUCUAGCCCUGUAUUAUUGUAGACCUACUGUAAUCAUUAAACAGUAUGUAUGCUGCUGCACAUGCCUUAUUAUAGUAAUGGCUGACAGCCUCUUUCUCUCUCUGUGUGCAUGUUCCCAACUUUGUGUGUGUGUGUGUGUGUGUGUGGUCUCCUGCAGCCUGUUUGGAAACAUCCAGGAGGAGGUGGUGAAGGAUGCUGAGAGUGUGAGAGGCCAGCAUCAGCAGCACGUCCAGCAGCACAGCUGUACCCUGGACGAGUGCUUUCGGCUCUACACUAAAGAGGAACAGGUACAUUAUCUCCCUCCUACAGGCAGGCAACAACCACUGCUGAGUGCAAUCUGUUCUCUCCCCAUAGAACAGGGGUGUCAAACUCAUUCCAUGGAGGACCUAGUGUCUGCUGGUUUUAGUUUUGGAGAUAAUGUACCUGUUCCUCUAGUUUUUUAAUCCCUAGACAACCAGGUGAGGGGAGUUCUUUACUAAUUAAAUAUAAUAAUAAUAAUAUGCCAUUUAGCAGACGCUUUUAUCCAAAGCGACUUACAGUCAUGCGUGCAUACAUAUUUUUUUUGUUUUUUGUGUAUGGGUGGUCCCAGGGAUCGAAGCCACUACCUUGGCGUUACAAGCGCCGUGCUCUACCAGCUGAGCUACAGAGGACCACAAUUAGUGACCUUAAUUAAUCAAUCAAGUACAAGGGAGGAGCGAAAACCCGCAGACACUCGGCCCUCUGUGGAAUGAGUUUGACAGUGCCAUAGAACCUUAUGUACCGAAUCCACUGACUGAAUCACUGACGAGGAGCAAAGAAAUCCUUGCUACCAUUAUAUACUGUAUUUUUGUUUAUAGGGGAGACUGCCUCUAGUUUGAAACGUUCCUUUAAGGGAUAGUUCAUCCAAAUAGCUAAUGAAUUAAUCUUAUGCUACCUUAACAAAAAGAUGCACAUUUGUUAUUUGGAUGAACAAUCCCUUUAAGGACAUCAUUAUGGAAUCCAUAAUGCCUCUUACAGACCCCCCAGUGUUAUCAGAUGCAACGUCAACAGUAACAUCAAAGGAUGUGAAUGCAGUGAUAUGACCCCAAGAACAAAAUCUGCCUUCAGUCAAAUCAAUCAAGAUGACCUGAGGUGGAAUUAAUUUUCCCAUCAGUGGAGUGUUGGUAUUCUAUUAGAGCUGUGAAUGGACUGAGUUCCUGCUGGGAACUGCCAUCUGUAUCCCCGGCCUGCUUUAGCUUAACUGUACCUGCACCCAGCUCUGUGUCUGAACGAUUUAUGAAUCAGAAUCCAUUUUGUCCUCCGAAUGCUUGGUUGAUCUUCCUGCUCCCACUUAUACUGUACCACAAUAUGUUGUUUACACUCAUGCCACAUCUCCAUGCCCCUCCAUACCUCAUUAUAUGAAGAGGUUGUUUCAGGGAACGUCCUGAAUAUCCAAUAGGUAAGAGGUGUACAAGAAUUUCAAAGCCUGUAAUUUGGUUUAUGUAAUAUGCGACAUAGACGUCCAGAACAUGUCCUCCUCAAGAGCCUUCUCUUAGUUUCUUCCUGAGCACUGUAGUCUUUGAGUCCUAUGUCUGCUUCUGAUAGGAGUGAAUCCUUUUCCAUUGCCAUUCAUGAGGCAAAUGACUAAGCUUUCUUUAGCUCCAUUCGUGACCAGAUUAGUAUCCUCGACUGAACAUUAAGGUUAUUGGAUACAGCUGCCUCCAUCUCCUUCCUCCACUCUUCUUCAUGAACACUAAUCAGAGGGAUUAGAAUUCCAGAGGCAGUCGCCCCGGCAACAGGUUGUGAAUGAGACUGAUAAAUGAGGCUUCACAUACUGUACUGAUGAAACAGACACGGUCUCAUGCACAGAGCUAUCACCUGAAGACCACCGCGACCUGUAUCAGACCAUGUUUCAUGUCAUUAGCAUCUUAAAGGUUUUGGUCCAUCUAAAAACAAAUGUUUGCUCCACCUGCUUCAAACUGCUGUAAAAACAAUAUUUUUUGUUAUUGUUAUUUCACAGUGAUCUAGAUGGUACUAUUCAGUGCUUGUUUUUUCACAUAAACUGAAAUUGAGCGAACAGUGUAGAAUUUAGCAACCAGGAAAUGUUCACUAGAUAACACAGCCACAAAGUCAGAACAGAUGCCGCUUGGGCGGGAGAAAUGAAUAGGCAUAUAUCACAGCCAAUCACAACACUGGUGGGUAAGUAAUACUAUGAAAAAAGAUUUUGUAUUUUUUUGACAUGGAUAAAUACUCUAUCUUUCUCUCUGUCUCUCUCUCUCUCUCUCUCUCUCUCUCUCUCUCUCUCUCUCUCUCUCUCUCUCUCUCUCUCUCUGCCAGCUGGCCCCAGACGAUGCAUGGAAAUGUCCCCACUGUAAGCAGCUGCAGCAGGGCAUGGUGAAGAUGAGCCUGUGGACGCUGCCUGACAUCCUCAUCCUCCACCUCAAGCGCUUCCGGCAGGUGGGCGAGCGCCGCAACAAGCUGGCCACACUGGUGCGCUUCCCUCUGGCCGGCCUGGACAUGGCACCCCAUGUGGUGAAGAGAAGUCAGAGCACCCGGCUGCCCCCCCACGGCCCUCUGCCCCCCGGCUCCCUGCACCCGGCCUGGAAACAGCCCCGCCCACCCGACAUGGCCCCUCCAGACUUCCUAUAUGACCUCUAUGCCGUGUGUAACCACCACGGAGGAAUGCACGGAGGACAUUACACAGGUUUGUAUGGAGGGACUGUCUGGCUGUCAUAUUCGCAUUCUGUAAAUGUUCUAUGAAAUAUCAGUCUCAGUGAAAGUGGUCUUAAUCAGCAAGGUGUCUUGAAGUGAGAUCCAGUCCAAAAAUGUGUUUGAUGAUGAUAAUAAAGAUAUGGUGAUGGUUUGUUCAGUAUGUAUGGAAGUACACACAGUUGUGCAUGUCUGAACAGGUGUCUGUGUCUCUGUGCAGCGUUCUGCAGGAACUCAGUGGACGCCCAGUGGUAUGGGUAUGAUGACAGCAGUGCAGAGCCAGUCCCAGAGGGGGAGGUGUGCACACGGGGAGCCUACAUCCUCUUCUACCAGAGACGCAACACCAUCCCUCCAUGGUCAGCCAGCUCCUCCCUCAUAGGUGAGCCAUGUUGACAAGUCUUUUAAUUAAGCCACAGUCUGCAAUAUGUCCUACAGUUCUAUUUUGUCAUUUCAAUAGAUGAUAUAUACCAAUUGGUUCUAGAAGAAUACUGACCUUUAGAGGUCUUUAGUUGAAAGUAUAUCCAUGAAAUGGAAAUAAGGCUUCUGAAAUCCAUUAUUGGGGAAAUGAUGGCUUUCAUCACCCAAUAAUGAAUGGCACUUCAAUGACAGUAUCCAGACAUUUUUCUAAAUUGAAGCAUUAAUGUUGAAAUCAAAAGAGUAUAUGAUUGACAGUGUGUACCUUGUCCAUCAUAGGAUUGAGGUACAGUAAAGGCGUCUGCAUACUAGGUUCGGUUUGCUUCUAGUAGAACUCGGCUGGGCAAAGUGAACGUCUGUGCCUCGCAUACUCCCUUAAAAGACCUUCGCUUGGAAAACGAGAAAAAAGCGGCAAUGGUACUGUUUGUCCCUCUUGAGACGCCGUUAGGCUGUAUACACUUCCUCAAAAUAAUCUGAAUUAAUCUAAGAUAACUCAAGAAAUCUGUCAUUAAUUUUGACGUUUUUGCAGAGGAGAUCUUAGUCCUGCAUUUUUACAUCUAAAUAAUAUGUUUGGUGCACUGUUCCUCAAUGAAAAACUUUGGCUACCGACUUCAGGCUUUUUUUUGUGUGCCCAAACAGCCGAAAAAAACGUUAUCGAAGUCCAAAACUAACAAAAACGUCACAAAAUGUUGUCAUAAUAUAAGCACGAACUCUUCCGAACUCUAGGAGAAGAGACAGGUUUGUAUGCAUUAGCUGUGUUGAGAGGCCAGUAGAUGGCACUAUGCUCUGUGUAACAGUGUUCUACUACCUCUGCAGGCUCCACCAGCUCCUCCACGUCAGACCACUGGCUGAUCCGUCUGACGGGGGACAGUAAGAGGGGCAGCCUGGUCUCUGGGGGGUCCACCUCUGGCCUUCCUGGCCCCACACCAACCCCCGAAUCACCAGAGCUUCCUGUGUUCCAUGACGAGCCUCUCAAAACAGAGACAGGUGAGUGGCCCACAUAAAUAAAAACACUAUGGCUCGCUGUGUCUGAUUGGUCUGAAGUUCUGGUUGUUACUCAAAGAGGAUUAUCUCUGUGUAUAGUGAUUUAAUUUCAUCAUUAAAAAGCAGAUGAUUAUGUAGAUAUGUCAAUCAAUGGACCAUUAUAAAAGAGGAGGAAUAUGAGGAAGAAUCCUAACUGUGUUUGUUUUUCUCCUGGGUCCAGAUGGGUUUGAGAAUAAGCCAUUUGUCCGAGGCACUCAGGGUAGGAGCGUGAGCAUGAGGUCACCCACUAAGACCAAGGACACCCUGAGCAAAGUGCUGCCCCUGCGCUGGUCCUUUGGCUCCAAGGACCGCCGCAAACCCUCCGCCCCCAGGCCAGGGGAGCUGGUGGAGUACCUAGAGUCAGGGCGCAGGCCGCGGUGCACCAAGGACCCCAUCAUCACCCUGGUGGCCACCCCGCCCCAGGGGAGGCUCUCGGAGGGCGGGCACAGGGACCUGGGAAGCUCCCCCAGUGGGAGCAGCCUGAGCUGCAUGGACAGGUCCAACUCUGAGGCCUGCGACUCCCCAAGAGUACCAGAGGGCCAGAGCAGGCCUGCCGUAGAGAGGAGCUCCAGCCUGGGGCUCAAUAUCAUCACUAAAGCCAGGGAUGACAGUUCACUGGGCCGGAGGUCCUCCAAGAGGAUCAGGCAGGACCAGGGCAGGACCCUGGACCCUCACCCCCAUAGAGGCUCCACUGCUGGGGUCCACAUAAGCCACAGUGCCCCCCCAAGUAGGGACUCCACACUGAAGAGGCCGAAGGCCCAAGCAGGGCUGACCUCCAGGGUAGGGGCACAGAGGGAGGCGCUGCAGGCUGGUCUACAGCCUGAGGAGAGGAAGGGGACGAGGGGUGAGGAGGUUAGGAGCCACGACAGCCUCUUGUCCUUUUUCAAACCAGGCUUCCUGAAGAAAGACACUCAGAGGACACCUAGCAAGGGGGAGGAGGUCCGGGCCAAUGGCCAUGGACGAGCAAGCAAGGUGGCAAACGGGAGUUCGUCUAAACUCUCCCUCUCCAAUGGGACCCUGAACAGAGUAGCACUGGAGGAAAAGAGGGCCAACGGCGCCCCUAGAGGUGACUACCGUCACAGCAAAGGGCAGCUUAUCAACGGGAGGGCAGGGAAUCACAGCUCUGCGGCGGACAUCAAGCGUGCCCAUAGCUCCAGCAACAUCCAGACCAAACUGGACUUGACCUUGCGCAGGUGUGCCUCUCUGCAGAGGAACGGGCAGGUAGCUCCCCCAGCCCCCGGCAGCAGCCUGGCCACAGACAAGCCCAGCAAUGCCACCCUGCAGCGGACACGCUACAGCACCACCUCCCUGGGCAGGCAGCAGAGACCCGUCCCCGAUUCCUGCUUC